AUGAUGCCUGAACGAAGCACGCUAAGUUAUUCGUAUAGUAGCGAGCAAAGAAGUGUUGAUAUGGAAAUGAUCAAUUGCAUAUUUAACGCGUUUGAAAUCUUGCCUGAAAUGAUGCGGAAUGCUGGUGCUAUUGGGUCGUCACGUCGCAUCGUGUCAUGUCGUGUCACAAUGCGAAAUGCAAGAUGUUACAGAAAUAAUGAAGGAAAGAAGAGAGGGGUAGAGAAACGUGAAAGGGAGUAA